AUGCCAGUUAUCCAGCUGGAUCCGGAAAAUGGACGCUCGCGCGAGAUCCUUUCACCUCAGCCGCGGUUCAGCCAGACCUCGCAGACGCUGCUGGUGCCGCCGCCCCCAAGACACACCAGCUCGUCCCCGUUCGCAGCAAAUAGAAUGAUAUCCCUAUCCACUUCCUCGAUCACCUCGCUAAUUCCGUCCUUGUACAAUUUGAGCACCAACCACUCGACUUCAAGCCUGAUGAAUGCUACUGCCAACUCCACGUCGGAAAAUCUGGCAUUUAUCUCGGACGCAUUGGCCAGAGAGUCGGACGUGACUGUCUCGACAAACAUCACGUCCCAGGCAGAAUAUAAAGGAUUCGCGGCAUACGUUAUUAGCUUCAUCUUCUUGUUCAUAUGGCUGAGCUGGUCCAUGAUCCCAGAUUCGCUCCUCAACAGCGUUGGCAUAUAUUACUACCCAUCAAGAUGGUGGGCCCUCGUCAUUCCAGCAUAUGUCUUGGUAUCCAUGAUGUACACAUAUGUGGCCCUUGCAUUAUACAACGUAGAAGUGAAAACUCCUCCUUUAGAUGACCCCCGGACAAUUGCAGACCCGGAUGGUGUUGUUAUCACAGAACUGCCGCACUAUCAGAAAAAAGACCUCGAUCGCUAUCUAUUUUCUUCCACCAGUGGAGUUUGGGACUUGCCGCUGAGUGAGGUCAAUAAGGUGUUGUACGGGGAGGAAGACUAA